UGUUUGAUGUUUAUGACAUUUAUACCAAUUUUUAGUCUCAAUACGAUUGAAAAGAUAAUUACGUAAGGAAAAACGAAAAAAAGACUAAAAUGUCUUUUUUAUUAAAACGCACCCUUGGUGCAGGAAAAAACCUAGGACGUGCUGUUCUAACCAGUAACCAAUACACCGGCCUACAGCGAGUGGCUACAAAAACAGAUGUAGCCACACCACAGGCAGAGACUAGACCUACUGUGGCAAAAUUAGAUCCUUUACAAAAGUCUCAACUAAUUGAUUUUGGCAAGUAUAUCGCAGAAUGUAUGCCGAAAUACGUGCAAAAAGUGCAGAUUACGGCUGGAAACGAAUUGGAAGUUCUUAUUCCACCCGAUGGUGUUAUUCCAAUUCUUCAAUUUUUGAAGGAUCACCACAAUGCGCAGUUUGCAAGUCUUGUUGAUAUUGGUGGUAUGGAUGUUCCCAAUCGACCUUAUAGGUUUGAAGUUAUAUACAACCUAUUAUCAUUGCGUUACAAUGCCAGAAUUAGAGUGAAAACAUAUACUGAUGAAUUGACGCCAAUUGACUCUGCUUGCGAAGUCUUUAAAGCUGCAAAUUGGUAUGAAAGGGAAAUUUGGGAUAUGUUUGGUGUCUUCUUUGCAAACCACCCAGACUUGAGGAGGAUUUUGACUGACUAUGGCUUUGAAGGCCAUCCAUUUAGAAAGGACUUCCCUCUCAGUGGUUAUGUGGAGCUGCGCUAUGAUGACGAACAGAAGAGGGUUGUAGUUGAACCUUUGGAAUUAGCUCAGGAGUUCAGACGGUUUGAGUUGAGUGCCCCUUGGGAACAAUUCCCUAAUUUCCGUGGCAAUCCUGUUGCUGAGGAAGUAGUAAAUCAAUCUGGAGAUCAACAAAAAAAAGAAUAGUUUUGUAUAAUCAGAAAAUAAAUGUUAUUAAAAAUUUAAUAAUGUAAUUUGUCUUUCAAAUGUAACAACAAUGUGUAGACCUAUAAGGAUGUGAAGCUACAUAAAUCUUAUCAACUUUUAAAAAUGAUCUUUAUUUAAAAAAAGAGAAGUUGAUCAGCUACUAUGAGUGAAAUAAAAAAAAGUGAUAAAUAUGUUUUUUAUUUAACAAACUAUAUUAUUACUAUUUUUUAAAAAUUGAAAUAAAAGAAUUAAGUAGUUAAAUUUUAAUGUAAUUACAAUUAUUAACAUAAAUAAAGCAACUAGAAUAAUGCA